AGCGAUGAACUUCACAGAGGAGCAGUCUCCCCUCGAGCGUACGGACCUGACCAGGGACAAGAUAGGCCAGUGGGUGCUCUCACAGCAGCACGGGGGGCCGGCGGUCGACGUGUACGGGAAGGCGAGCCAGGCGCAGAUCCAGGAGCUGGAGAACGUGAGGAGGUUGAGCAGGGAGUUGCAGGAGAAUUUACAUGAAUUAGAAAAUUCAAUUCGGAUAGCAGAAGUGGAGAACCAAGCGAUGAACCCGACAGCUCCCAUCCUGGACUACUCAGAAGAUCAUGAGUUCGUGUCAGCCAACCAGCUGGACGACUACUACGCGAAGGAAGACCAGGCUGAUGCGAUGGCAGAAGAACAGCAACGCCUCACCAAGGGUAAAGCGUCAAGGACAGAAAUACAGAAGUUUUACAAGGGCCAGUGUGUCUUGGUGACCGGUGGUACAGGGUUUCUGGGGAAAGUAUUAAUUGAGAAGUUGUUACGUUCCUGCGGCGACUUGGACACUAUCUACGUUCUAGUGAGACCGAAGAAGGGAAAAGAUGCCCACAGCAGGGUGAACGACAUGCUGGAUGACUUUCUAUUCAAAAGAGCACACGAAGAGAACCCCAAAGGAAUUCAUAAGGUGAUCCCAGUUCUUGGCGAUAUGGAGCAGCCUGGUUUAGGACUAAGCCCGGAAGACAGGAAAAUGCUCACGUCCAAGGUGUCAAUAAUAAUAAAUUCAGCUGCCACAGUGAAAUUCGACGAGAAGUUAUCAGUGGCCACCGGCAUCAACGUGCGGGGGACUAAGGCGGUGCUGCAGCUGGCUAAAGAAUGCAAGUAUUUGAAGGCGCUGACGCACGUCUCCACAGCAUUUUCGCAAACGCACGUGAAAAAUAUUGAAGAGAAAUUCUACGAGCCACCGAUGUCAGUGGAAGCGCUAGAAGCAGUGGCAGAAUUAGACGAUGAAGUUAUAAAUUCAAUACUACCCGCGAUCCUGGGAAAGCGUCCCAACACAUACUGUUUUACGAAAGCAGUAGCUGAAGAGGCCGUCAGGAAAUAUGGAGAAGGGAUGCCCAUCUGCAUUCUGAGACCAUCCAUUGUUAUAUCAACAUAUGAGGAACCCGUGCGAGGUUGGACUGACAGUGUCUAUGGCCCCACUGGACUCGUCGUUGGAAUCGGUAUUGGGGUUCUGCGCACGAUGUACAUGGAUCUAGACAAAGUCGCUGACAUGGUGCCUGUCGAUCUUUGUGUGAACGCUAUCAUCGCUUCUACUUACCACACCGCUAAGAACUUCAGGGAGAACCAAACAUCCCACAUACCAAUUUACAAUUUCGUGUCUGGUGCUCAAAAUCCCACCACGUGGGGCGAAUUUAUCGAGUCAAAUAGACGUCACGGUACCACCAGACCCACCACCAAAGCUGUAUGGUACUACGGCCUGACUCCCACGAAGAGCUACUUCAUGUUUUUGUUCUACAAUUUCUUCCUUCACUACUUGCCAGCCAUACUAAUUGACACAUUUUGCGCUCUCACUGGAAGGAAACGGAACAUGCUGAAGUUCUACCACAAAGUGCGCAAGCUGGCGAACAUUCUCUUCUAUUUCUCGACACAAGACUGGCGCUUUUCGGAUGAAGGCGUCCAGGUCAUGUGGCGCAGCCUUUCCACCCCUGAUAGAACUGUUUUCCCCUUCAACAUGGCGGAUAUGUCCUGGGAGUAUAUGGCGGAGACUUUCUUGUUAGGACUUCGAGUGUAUUUGGUGAAAGACGAUCUUUCGACGUUACCAGAAGCAAGGAAGAAGUGGAAUAGAUUAUUCUACAUGCAUCAAACAUUAAAAAUGCUUACGCUGUGUGCAGUGAUAUAUUUAGGUUAUUUACUAUUGAAUUUUAUUAGUUGCAUGAUACUAGGUUGACGUUGGAUGUUUCUAGAAAUAAUCUGUAGAAUACGAACAUUUUUAUUUAUAAUUCGAAUUCCCGCCAAAAUUUUGAGAUUAUGUUUUACACGAAUAUACGGAUAUGUUAGAAAUGUGUUAUCAAUAUUACAAAAUUAACUCAGCAAGUCAUUUUAAUUUAGACGGGUUAUAGCUUGCAAAAGUGCAUUUUGAAAGAUGGCAUUGAGUACAUAUAUACGUCUCUUUCUAACUCUGUUUAAAGCUCUGAGUAAAAACAGUACCUUCAUCUGCGUAGUUAACAUUAGAAAAAUUUAUAAAUGUUUAUUUUGAAUGUUAGUAUUGAAAUUCAAUACAUUCCAUACAGAGAUUAUAGCUACAUUUCUUUUUAUUUAAAAACAAAAGGGAAAUGAGGGUUGCCAUUAUUGUUAAGUACUUUUUUAAAUAGGCAGAUAUAUAAGUAGAUAAAUAAUGUGAUAAUUGAAAUA